UCCGACAGUAAACAUCUCUCUCUCCGCCUCCUCGGACAAACAUGAACCCGAAGCUCGUCUUUCCCCUGCUGGCGGCGCUUGUGGCCGUCGGGGCGGCCGGCUUGGUGGGAGCUCCGAUGGACGCAGACAUCAACGACCCGAGCGUACAAGAGGCCCUGCGGUUCGCUGUGGUCCAGCACAACCAGUUAACCAACAGCCUGUACCUCAGUCAGGUGGCCAAAGUGAUCAAGGCUCAACAACAGGUGGUCGCUGGCCUGAAGUACCGUUUCACGGUGCAAAUGGCGAAGACCCCGUGCAAGAAAAGCGGCACCGACCAGCUGUGCGCCAUCCACCAAGACCCCGAGAAGGCUCAGCCUUACCAGUGCACGUUCGAGGUGGUCAGUCAGCCGUGGCUGAACGUGAUCGAGCUGACGAAGCACACGUGCUAGCGAGGAGAGGACAACACGGACCACGCGGCAGCAGGGAGAACUACAACAGCGUCCUGUCGUGCGUUCGACCGGAAGUCUCGCUAAACGCUUCAAGGCGCUCGUCGCGUGAGCGAGCAGGCGAGACGAGCGCAGAUGUCUCGCGCGUCGCUUUGCUGCACGCACACGCGCCCACUAACUGUGCAGGACAACGCAGAUAUUAAACCCACUAAUAAAAGCAUUACUCACCCCAUCCCCAGCUUGUCUUCAUUUUGCAUUUUCACACCGGCUCUCGUGAACCCCUAAACCCUGUCGCACAUGGCAAAAAGAAUGAAUAAAGAGCGAUUCUUGUA